CAACGGAUAAACAUAACGGUUAUACUUUUCUUUGAAUUAGUUAAAUGGAACUAAUGUUAUAUUCCCUAUAGUAUUUAUAUGUACAGUUUUAUAUAACAUAUUCUACAUUCAAACAAUGCAGUUCGCAUAAUCAAUAAAACCUAGGACGUCAAGCAAGUUUGUUUAUCGGAGACGCAGGAAUUCGUAUAGAUAUGCUUCAUCAAGACCUUAUCUGAACACUGGUUGAUACAGAAGCAACGUGAGUUUCUGAAUUAUAUAUUUUCUUCUGGGAUAAUCAAGAAUACAUAAGGUACUGCAGUGUAACAUCGGGUUAUUCCACUGAUUGCUAAUCUAAUUAGCCUCUAGGGAGUGGCAAGAAAUCAUUUCAUGUCGUUGUCACGGAGAUAGUUGUAUAUAUAAAGUAAAAAUGGCGACAACAGUAGCAGGAGUUACGACAAUUAAUUCAACAAUAACCACAACUACGUCAUCACCACAUUCACCAUGGGACGAUGCUACGUGGAUUCUGACCAGCGCCUUUAUAAUAUUUACCAUGCAGUCAGGGUUUGGGUUGUUAGAGAGCGGUAUGGCGACGAGAAGAAAUGAAGUUAACAUCAUGAUGAAGAAUGCUAUAGAUGUUGUAUUCGGUGGUAUGUUGUAUUGGGCAGUUGGAUAUGGUAUUAGUUUUGGUGUUAGUCCAGGAUCCAACGCCUUCUCUGGUUGGGGAAGUUUCUUUCUUGAUCCAGAUGAUGAACACAUGGGAACAGAGUUUUCCAAAUUCACAUUUCAAGCAUCAUUUGCGACUACUGCAACCACUAUCGUAUCCGGUGCGAUGGCAGAACGAACAAAGCUGCAUGCAUACAUUGUAUUUUGUCUUACCAAUACUCUAGUGUAUUCAUUCCCGGCACAUUGGGUAUGGGCACCUAAUGGCUGGUUAAAACAACUAAAUGUAGUUGAUGUGGCCGGAGUCGGUCCAGUUCACUUAGUGGGCGGUGUAACGGCAUUAAUAGCCGCCAUUAUGUUGAAACCUCGUUAUGGUAGAUUUGGUGGAAGAAUUAAGUUAACGAGUUCGAGUCCCGUCAACAGUCUUCUGGGCCUGUUUAUUCUGUGGUGGGGUUGGCUUGGAUUCAAUUGCGGAAGCACUUUUGGUAUCAGUGGAGGCAAGUGGAAGCUAGCUGCAAAAGCUGCUGCUACGACUAUCAUGGCGUCUUGUGGAGGUGGUAUAACUGCAUUUUUUAUAAGUUUCGUUUUCUACAAACGUAUAACAAAAGUACGACUUAUUACUAAUGGUAUUCUGGGUUCAUUGGUUUCUAUUACUGGUAUUUGUGCUGUAACACAGUGUUGGGCGGCCAUUAUUAUAGGAAGUGUGGGAGCGAUCAUUGAAGCUGCUGGUGAAGUUCUAUUACUAAAGUUCAAGAUAGAUGAUCCAGUAGGGGCCACGGCUGUUCAUUUCUUCUGUUCUGUCUGGGGUUUGUUGUGUUGUGGACUUUUUGCUAACGUCGAUACGGUACAAAACAAGGCAUUUUCUGCUCAUUCUGGAAUUAUCAUGGGAGGUGACUUUUACCUGCUGGGAGUACAGUGCUUGGCUGUGGUUUCAAUCAUUGCAUGGUCGGCCACAGUGUCUUUCAUCAACCUAAAGAUACUGGAUUUAACUAUCGGACUACGCGUGGAUAUCGAAGACGAACUGCUAGGUGCUGAUGUAUACGAGCACAUGUGCUACCCACCCGGUUUCGAUCUGGAGGACGCCAAGAAAUCCAUUCACAAGCGUGUCGCCAAAGAUCGUAUGUUUGGAUUCAUAAAAGAUAAGCCUAAAGCAAAUGAGGUUACCACUGAUGGCAGUUCUUGUAUGUGUUUCUUUGGGAAAUCUCGGGUUCUCACAAACAAUAUCGUCCAUCCCCAAGAGCAAGAUCAAGAUUCUAGGCAAGAUGGUGAUCACUACCAGAAGAAAAGUUCUAAGUUAUCUGACAGCAGAUUGCGUCUUGUCGCGAAUGACAACAUAUGCAUAAGCGAUAUUGAGACUGACAAUGACAAAAAAAGUGUUAAUUCUGACAAAUCGUUGGGGGAGGCUAAUUCGGCCGAUUCUGAAGUCCGUGGAAGAUCCAGGGCUUCGUCUGGAAAAGACAGCUUACAAGAUACAGACAGAGACAAAACUUGUCAAAUUAUGUAAAAUACACUUAAACUUUUUUAGCCUUCAUUAACUGUCAAUAUUAUAGACGGGGUGGCGGAUAUAUUCACUUUUUCCCGAAGUCCGGAUUUUACUUGGAAGAUCCAAAAUCUGAUGAUAAUCCCUUUUUUUUCAAUACGUUUUUCAUUCGUUUUAUAUCCCGUAUUUUAUUUUUACCAGGUCCAAUGUUCCAUUACGUUUUAUUAUUGGGUUGUGUUUUAAUUUUUGCACUGUAAGCAGUUCUUCCAAUCACGUCAAGCUAUCGUCCACUGAUUUAACCUCGAGCAUAACGGAAAUUAUAAUUAUUAAUAGAUGGAAGGUCACAUGGCUGAUAUAUUUGCUGUGAUAUGACAAUCGUCAACGCUAUUGCUUUCCUUUGUCGAUUUGUAAAUGAUUAAGAAAGAGGGCGAUAUUCCAUGAUAAAACCAACAUGACUGUAACAUAAGCGGUUCGUCAAUGAGCAUCUAACUUGUGAACGUGAUAAAGGCUACAGGUGUUUACAUGUUUUCUUUCAUAUUUGGUCUGAAGCAUUGAGGUCAGGCAAGGACGAUCCCUAUCGAUAUUCGGUGUUUUAUGGCCUUGCGUUCCCGAGUUGCCGCCGAUUAUAACGGAUUGUUUUCAAGUAUUUGGUGGGGUCAUGCGAGGUUGAACGCUAUUCACCAUUCCCUUCCAGACUUAUCCCCACACUAGGCCGAAAAAUCUAGUAAAGGCGAUAGAGGCGACAGGGUUUAACGGAUUUUUUUCUAUCUUGCGAAUACGAUAGAGGUAAGAUUUCUUGAGGGCAUAAAAGAUCCUUAUCCAAUUAGGUCAACAUCCAAAUUUUACUUUCGAAAAAGUAGCUGCCAAUCGUCUUUUUGACACAUGUAUAGCUUUACUUGACUAUCUUUAUUUACGGUUGAUAUUCAUUUGGGAAAAGUAUAUAUCCUUUCAGUAAUUAUUGUCCAGUACUAUCGUCAGCGGCAGUGCUGAUUAGAGGGACAUUGGGUAAAAUUAGAUAAAGAACUGACAUUUAUCGCUUUAAUAGUUAAAAAUACAUAAUGAAAACAGAAUAUGCUGAAAAUUUAAGUCAAAUUGCUUCACUCUGAACCGAGAUAUUACCGAUUCAAUUUUAGGCAAGCUUCGAUCGUCAUUACUAACGAUGGUACGAUAAUAAACAAAGUCUCGAUUAUCCAUUUUUACUUUAAAUUAUCCAGCACAAAAUGUAUUCAAAUCCACUAAAUAUCACAGGCUAACGAUGACAUCGAGAGUUGAUUAUGGUCUGGAUAAGUUAAUUAAUGUCUAAUUAAUAAUAUAGAUAACAUUUCAGGCCUAAAGAAAUAUCUGCAGUAUGCAGGUUUAGCUCUUGCAUAAUGCAUGUUUAAGCGACUACCUUAUUUUAUUAAAUCACGGGGGGUUGGAUGGAUGAAUGGUUAGCGUGCGCGCGCUGUAUCAUAAAGUCUGUCAUUGAGUCGACUGGCGUGGUUUCGAAUCCCCGGUUGUACGUGACAAGGAGUAGGGUCGCCUGUCCAACCUCGUGGGUUUUCUCCGGGUCCUCCGGUUCCCUCCCACUGCUAAAGACCCCUAUGCGCAGGCGAAUUAUUGAAAUAAAAUUGAACCAUAUGUUAGUCCCGAAAUGACCUAGGUGUGUCGAGUGGACGUUAAACCCCAUUUCUCUCUCUCUCUCUUAUUAAAUCACCACCACGAUACACCCAUCCAUAGUUUUACUUUUACUAUUUGUGUGUGCAAUUUUGUAAUAUCUUGAUAAUUUUUCAAUAAACGAAUUAAAAAUGUUUUGUUUUAUCUAAUAAGCUGGCAUCAUCACCAUUCAUUCUGAUCUAUAUAUACCUACAUGUUUGUACACAGAGGAUUGCUUUUCUGCCGACAGCUCAAUUUCUGACUCGCGAAUUGUAGAAUACAAUCUGUCGGACUUGUUGAUUUGGUGUAGACCAAUGAUCACUCUUUUCUGUGCGCCAAACUAUAUAUCUCUUUGGUGAUUGGUCUGUAUGUAUAUACUUAAACAGCAUUGGUAACCGAAAUAUUCGUAAUUUUGGAAACGAACAAGAACUCUGAGAUAUGUCUAGCAGUACCUUCACAAAGUAUAAUGUAAAAAUUAUAGCAAUUUUGAAAACAAAAAACCAAAAGCUUGCAUUUCUGUAUAUU